AUGAAAGGCCUGCUGCUGCUUACCUUAUCUUCUUUGCUCUGCUGGGUCUCAGCUCACAUUCGCUGUCACUCCUGCUACAGGUCCUGUGUGAACCAGUAGUACUGCCACCUGAAACAAGGACACAAAUGCCUAACCACAAAUUGUACCUCUGUAAUAUUCCCCACUUUCUGGGGAAAGAUGUGGGUUUUCUCCAACCCUCGCUGUGGCACUACUGAAAAGGCCUGUCGAGACACCUUCAACCAAGCCAGCCGCAAGCUGUGCCUGACCUAUAACACAAUCUGCUAUGACAAGGACAGGUGCCACAGGCCAGCCCUUUGGCCUACCCCAGCCCUGGCCCCAGUCCUCCUCACCUCCUUGGCUGGCCUUGGCCUCUGUUUGCUGCACUGA